AUGUUCCGUUUUUUCCAGCGCGUGAAGAAACGAACUGACAAAUCGAAGGAAGGAGCUACCCCAGACGUCGGAUCACAACGGCCUGCUGAGAGGCGUUCGACAGUACAAGUGCAAACUACUAGAUCACCAGUUGCCAAGUCACCAUCACCUUCAUCAUCACCAUCACCAUCACCAACACCGUCACCCAAACCGAGAUCGGAUUAUAAAAGGGUUCAUCAGAAAAGGCAGCAAGGUCUGUCACUUCAUACUGUGUUUUACUAUUUACGUGAACAUACCUUGGAGAAUGGCUUUGUGCUUUUUUUUGCAGGAAGCAAUGAAGAAACAAAAGAAGGGGGUGAAGAAGAGGAGCAGGAAGCUCCGUCUAAUGUGGAGCUUUCGACAUCAGAAAGAAAACGGCGUGCAAUCAGGAAAAAAUACGGCAUCAAUAAGAAGGACGAGGAGUUUUUCCAACGAAAAUCCGUAGACGCUGAGGCUGAAGAGUUCGAAAAUGUGAAUGCGAAGUUCCGACCUGCAGCGACGAAAAUGCGGAAGGCUAAACUCAGGUGGAAAAAUCCUGAGAAGGCAAAAUCGCAUUCGUCUAGCGAUAGUGCGACCAAAACAGAACCAUCAUUCAGUUCAGCAGACACUUCCGCUGGUGGUGAGGAGACGAUUUUGGAAAAAGAAGGCUCAGAAGAGUUGGAUUCUACGCAGCUAAGUAACGAGGAAGUUAAACCACCGACGUCAAAAAGCAUUGAAAAGCUGGCGAACUUGCAAGGAAAACCACAAGAACGGAUUGAAAAACUUCUGCGAGAAAUCCAUGCACUUCUCAGUCGAGUUGGACAGCUGGAAGAUGCACAUCGCAAAUCUGUCUCCGUUAUUAAGAAGCUGCGAGCGAGGCUUCAUCGCAGGGAAAAGAAAAUAAGCGAUCUGAGCAAACGAAUAAAGCAUUUGGAGCGGCACUGUGACACUACGAAGGUAGCCAAGAAGACUGUCGAAGAAGAAAAGUCCGAGAGUGAAGACCGAAGGGGGACCUUGUCAGCCGACGAAGACAAACCGUCACCGGAGCAAGAAGCGGUAGCACUGCGAGGUCUAGCCAUCAUGAAACGGAAUCAGAUUCUUGAACAAAUCGUUAAACCUGCAGAGGCAAGGAUUCUGGCGAACUUCUUCGAAGCAGAAAAUGCAAGGCCAAACGAAACGAUUGUAAUGCUUAUCGACAGAGCGUUCGGUUAUGGUAUCGAAGUUCUUCUCAUGCGACCAGAUCUCUUUGAGGAUGUCGUAGACAAUGAGCUUAGGUUAUUCUUGCUGGAUAGUUCCAAGGCGAAAAGGGUUCUACUCGACUGUAUUCUCCUUCAUCCUGAAUAUGUCCCAAUAGCAUGGGGAGGAAAUAUAUUGACAAAACGUCAAAGGGAACGGCAACUUCAAAGACAAGGAGACACUAGAAAAGCUGCUGAAUCAAAGGAUCAUGUAGAAAAUGAAAAAGGUCGAGACAGUGCAGUGACAUCGACUACUAAGAUGCUGUUCGAUUUUCUGAGUAACACUUUUGGGGAAGGGGCAAAGGAUAAGUCCAAAGACGCUUCACCCGUCAAAUCGGCUUCGAGUUCAUCGGAAGAAUCACCAGUUAAAAGAACGCAUAAUGGCAAGCCAAAGGUGGACAAGUCUAUAUCGGAAAAGAGACAGGAACCAUUUCCAAAGACCCCUGAUAAAUCGUCAGUUGAAAAAUCGGAAGCAGAAACAGAGCAAUCUUCACGACCUGCAUGGACCGAUGAUCGAGGUGAACGUACUAAACGUAAAGUGUACAGAUCGAAAGUGCCUCAGAAGAGAUUCUACGACCGACGGCGUCGCAAAUGA